AUGGCCGACCCGACGGAUACGAAGAGCGCACCCCUCGCGCUGCCCGCGCCGACCCCCGCUGAGGAGGAGCCGGAGGUUCCGGAGGUGCAGCAGCCGGUCGUGAACGGCGGGCAGACGUUCAGGUUCGACAAGCUCGGGCCCGUGGUCGUCAACUCGGACGGGACGCUCUCUCGCAUCGCGAACUGGGAGAGCCUGACGGCGCGCGAGAGGGAGACGACGGUGCGGGUGCUGCUGGCUCGGAACAGGGUGCGUCUCGCUGAGCAGGCGAAGAAAGAGGGGCAGGCUGAGGGCGAGGAGGCACUGUCGAUGUCCACGGAUGGGUGA